AUGUCGGCAACAGCGGGUUCAUUUUCAAUGCCAAGUAACUCGUCAGUGAGCACACGGCAGCAGGCUUCUUCCUCACAUUGGAUUUUUACCGAGGAACAGUUGCUCAACGUCCCUAGUAUUAAAGAGGGUAUGGAUCCUGAGGAGGAAUUAAAGCUUCGUCGUACAGCGGCUCAUACGAUACAUCAGAUGGCGGAUCGUCUUAACCAUGAAUCUCGCUUCAGAAUAUCCCAAUUGUGCAUCUGCGCUGCCAUGAUGCAUAUGCAUAGGUUUUUCGUAUUCCACUCGUUUAACAAGUUCGAUCCAAGGGAUAUUGCUGCGGCAUGUCUCUUUCUUGCUGGUAAAUCGGAGGAAUGUCCCCGCAAGCUGGAGCAUGUUGUUCGAGUGUGGUGGGCUAUCAAGUUCCCAUUCUCUCCAACUUUGGAGAACAGUCGUUAUCAUGAUGCAGCACAGCUAAUCGUGACUUUGGAAAAUGUCGUAUUGCAAACUAUAGGAAUCUUAUUUCUUUGUUUUGCAGCUUUUGAUCUCACUGUUGACAUUCCUCAUCCGUACGUAUUAAAGCAGAUGCAAGACUUCACUAGAGGCAUGUUGCUUACUUCUUUUCACUUUAUAUUCAUUGUUAAUCUAGGCAAUCGGAGGUUGUCCGAAAUCGCGUAUUGGUUUGCUAGCGAUAUGUUGCACAUGACGAAUUGGGGCGUACGGUUUCCAGCAAGAGCAAUUGCUUGUGUGUGCAUCCAGAUGGCGUGCUCAUGGGCAGAAUUUGAGGUAAGAAAGGUUUUUGAAAAAUUUUGUUUUAUUUUUUUGUGGUAA